AUUGAAUGUAUCAAAAGUUACAGAUUGAAUAACAUUUUUCUCACAGGUUGUAACAAGUUCUCUCUUGCUGUAAUUACUUCAUUAUGGCUAUCAUAACUUAUUAGACUAGAUCUCUGCUGCAGUGGAUCAAUGAACAUGCUGUGCUUCCUAAAUUGCUUCAUAAAUGGUGGGAUUGGAUGCAAAUUUAGCUGCGCUUCACUUGAAGAAUGAUAUCUCACCCGAUUAUUAGAAAAUCAUGUAGGAACGUUUGCACACUCUUGUGCAGAAGACUUGGAUAGAGCUGAAAAAUGCAGAUGGGUCAUAAUUCCUCAACUGUGACCAUCAUGCUCCAGUUAUGUGUGAUGUUCUGUUUGGUGCCAGUUGUCUUCUCGCAGUCAACUUAUACCUCACCACGAAGAGGUCACAACAUCACCAUCCACUCCUCCCAGGUGGUCUGCAGUCUGCCAGGCCCGGCGGGGCCUCCGGGGAACCCAGGAGCCCCUGGAUCACCUGGAACCAUGGGCCCCAUGGGGCCUCCGGGGACGGACGGCCCGGACGGGAAGGAUGGAGAGAAGGGUGAAAAGGGAGAUGAAGGUAAUCCAGGGAGGCCUGGGAACCAAGGCAAGCCAGGUGUGAAAGGGCGGGAAGGAGUCAUCGGCAAGGCUGGACCUCGAGGACUUAAGGGGCCACGAGGAACACCAGGGGUAGCUGGGAAACGAGGACAAAAAGGUGAACUGGGUGACAUGGGCCAGCAAGGAGCUCCUGGAGGCUGCAACUGUGGCAGUACAGCCCGGUCAGCCUUCUCUGUGGCGGUGACAAAGAGUUACCCUAAAGAACGACUGCCCAUCCGCUUCAGCAGGAUCCUGCUGAACGAGGGGAAUCACUAUAACGCCAGCAGUGGGAAGUUUGUCUGCGUCAUCCCCGGUGUCUAUUAUUUCACCUAUGAUAUCACUCUGGCAAAUAAGCACCUGGCCAUCGGGCUAGUCCACAAUGGACAGUACAAGAUCAAGACAUUUGAUGCAAAUACAGGAAACCAUGACGUGGCAUCUGGUUCUACUGUUCUCCACCUGCAGCAGUCAGACCAGGUCUGGCUGCAGAUCUUCUACUCUGAGCAGAACGGACUCUUCUUUGACCCUUUCUGGACAGACAGCACCUUUACUGGCUUUCUUAUCUACGCUGACCAGGACUUUCUCAAUGAGGCUGAUAGAAAAGCUAAUGCUCAGGAUGACAGUUAAUACUCUGAAAUAUAUUUGUUUUGUUUUUUUAAUAAUUGGCUUAAUUUCAUAUCAAAGUAUUAUGAUAGCAGAUAUUUGAAGCUCCACAAUGGUUGGCCUCGGUAUGUUGUUUAUCAUGUUCUGACACCAGGGGGCGCACAAAGAGAGAAAAAAGUCAAUCGCAGUUGGGGGACUAGUCUGUGUGUGGGCUGCAGUAUCCUUCAUGGUGCUAUAAUUCUGACAACAUCUUUUCAAAUGGUCUCUAAUAAGUAACAGAAUAAGGAGACAUAACUAUUGUCGUCCUGUUCAUUUAACCCUGAUUUAAAAUUUAAAGAAGCAA